AUGGCUAACCACGAGCAUGAUGCCGUUGACUGUGACAUACAGACCUCAGUAGUAGUAGUAGUACUAGUAGGAAAACAUGAAGGAACAGGACUCGAUGAGAAAGGCUGCCAUGGAUUGGACGCAGCAGCGGCAGCAAGAUCCUCAAGCUCUGCAUCCUCUGCGACGUCCAGGGAGGACCAAGCAGGAACACCACCAGCAAACGACAUCGAGGCCCUUCGCAGUACCGCCACAGACUCGGAACCAUGGUCGGUCUUCACAAUACAGCAGAAGCGCUUCAUUGUGUUCAUGGUGGCGUUGGCUUCAUUCUUUUCGCCCCUAUCAGCCAACAUCUACUUCCCGGCACUCAACACACUAGCUCGUGACUUUGGCACUUCGGAGAGCGUCAUGAACCUGACACUCACGACCUACAUGAUCUUCCAAGGCCUUGCUCCCACCAUACUCGGCGACCUGGCAGACAUGGCGGGAAGACGGCCAGCCUACAUCAUCGGCUUCGCCAUCUAUCUUGGCGCUUGUAUCGGCAUUGCGAGCUGCAACUCGUUCGUAGCGCUCCUGAUCCUGAGAUGUCUGCAGUCUAGCGGCUCUUCGAGCACUAUCGUCCUGGGCUCCGGAGUGGUGGCGGACAUCGCUACGUCCGCAGAACGUGGUGUCUGGAUGGGAUGGGCUACGUCCGGGCCUAUGGUUGCACCUGCCCUGGGACCAGUGUUAGGUGGCCUGUUUGCAGAAUUCCUCGGCUGGCGCUGGAUCUUUUGGUUUCUGGUCAUCUUGGCUGGCACUUUCGUAGUCCCAUUUGUCCUGUUCUUCCCAGAGACAGGAAGGAACGUGGUUGGCAAUGGCUCCAUCCCGCCUCAAGGCUGGAACAUGAGUCUGGUCAACUACCUGCAACAGAAGUCGCGACCAGCUCUUGGACGCACAGUGUCGCAACGUUCAGAUCGUACCGCACAGGAGCAGCUGAAGAACAAACGAAAGCUCCGUGUGCCUAGCCCGCUGAAGACCCUCCACGUCAUCCUUGAAAAGGACGUCGGUCUGCUGCUGUUUUACAACUCGAUCAUAUACUGCGCUUUCUACGACAUCAUGGCAUCUGCGCCAAGCCUGUUGCAGCAGAUCUACGGCUUUGAUGCUCUCAAGAUCGGUCUAUGCUUCCUGCCUACGGGUAUAGGCUGCUUCAUUGCCCCAGUGAUCACGGGCAAGAUCAUGGACUGGAACUUCCGGCGCAUCGCUCGCAACACAGGCUACGAGAUUAUCAAGGGCAGAGCAAACGAUCUGCGUACUUUUCCACUUGAGCGCUGCAGAAUCCAGGUCGCACUUCCCGCUGUACUUCUGUGUGACGCUGCCAUCCUCUGCUACGGCUGGGUGAUGCAGGCAGAGACCAACCUUGCUGUGCCCUUGAUACUCAUGUUCCUGGCUGGCUUUGGUGGCACGAGUGCGUUCAAUGUACUCAGCGUCAUGGUCGUGGAUCUGUAUCCCCUUUCACCAGCAACGGCAACUGCUGCUAACAACCUGGUCAGAUGUCUGAUGGGCGCUGGCGCUACGGGCGUCAUUAUCUUCAUGAUCGAGGCGAUGGGACGAGGCUGGUGCUUUACUUUCUUUGCUGGAGUGGUUGCUGCUUUGAGUCCGAUACUGUGGGUGUUGGAGAAAUGGGGCCCUGAGUGGCGGGAGGCAAGGCGAGUGAGAGUUGAAGAGCGACAGGCUGGUACAGAUCCCGAGUAG